GUGAACUUCUUUACUACCAAAUAUUAUUCUCUCUUUCAUAUAUAAACAUCUCUAAGAAAAAAAAAUCAAAGCUAUUUUUAUAUAUACAAAUAUGGGUGAGUUUAAACACUUGGUGAUAGUCAAGUUCAAAAAUGAUGUAAAAGUUGAUGAAGUUGUCAAAGGAAUGGAGACUUUGGUUUCUGAGGUUGAUUUUGUCAAGUCCUUCGAAUGGGGAGAAGAUGUUGAGAGCUUAGAAAUGCUAAGACAAGGGUUCACUCAUGCCUUCUUAAUGACAUUUGAGAAGAAAGAAGACUUCACAUCAUUUCAAGGGCAUCCCAAACAUGUUGAAUUCUCAUCAACUUUCUCACUUGCAAUAGACAACAUUGUGGUCCUUGAUUUCCCCACACUUCUUGUCAAGACACCACCUUAAUUAAUUAAUUAUUAUUACUAUUAUUAUUUCUUUUUUCUUUAAAAAAAUAAAAAAUUGUUGUUUAAAAAUAGCCUGAAAUAUUUCUCCUAUAUAUGUGUGUGUUUAAUGGCUAUGUUUGUUUGUUUGUGUCAUUAUGAAUAUUAUUUUGUGUGCUUUUUUUUUGUUGUAAAAAAAAUCAUUAUUAAUCUAUUUAUUGUACUUUCUUUUAUGAAUUUUAAUGAAAAUCAUUUAUGUUGAGAGAGAA